AUGGGAGACUGCGGCAGGCGAAAGGUAAAGGUUUCUCAUCAAUUCUUCUGCCCCAUUACGCAAGAGAUCAUGCGCGACCCGGUCAUCGCCGAAGAUGGACACACAUACGAGAAGGCCGUGAUCGAAAAGUGGCUCGAGAAGAGUCCCACAAGCCCCAUGACGCGUCAGCAGCUCUCCUCGGCAAUGCUCAUCCCCAACUUCGCCCUCAAGCAGCUCAUCGACCAGUGGAAGGACGAGCAGCGUCGGAAGAGCAAGGGCAAGGCCAAGGUGGCCAACGACGAGGCCCAGCCGCCACCACUCCUCCCCUCCACCAAGGCUGGGGUGAACGUUGCCGAUGGCGACGAGGAAGACGAGAACGAGAAUUGGCGGUUUGUCGAUGAGGAGGAGCUGCAGGCCGCGCUCGAGCGAAGCGUCGCCAAGCCGGAGCUCACCGUCGCCCGGGCACAGCAACAGGCCACCAAGGCCAAGGAGCAGGCCAGCGCCGGCUCGAGCUCCUCCGCCGCGGCUGGCGACGACGGCGCGGAUCCCUCGGAGGAUGCCUGGGGCACCGGCGGGUGGCUCGCCUUUGCUGGCGCCGUGGCGGUGGUGGCCGGUGGCGUCGCCUGGGCGUCAUCGAGUUCGUCCUCUUCGUCAUCAGGAUCGAGCGACGUCAAGCGAAAGGAGCACGCAGACGAGGAGAACACUUGCAUCGUGUCCUGA